ACUCCUUCCCCAUUCCUCUCUCCUCCGAAAAUGGUAAUUUCCUCGCCCCCUUUAUUAGUUUAGACAAUUUAGAUAGGUGGUUAGUUUAGGUGGUUAGUUUAGAGAAUUUAGAUAGGUUUACGGAUUUUAUGUUCGUUAGAUAGAUUUUUAAAUUAUUGAUGAUAGCUUUUUAAUUAUUGAUGAUCAUAAUCUCAAAAAAAAAUAUUUUUGCAGGUUCGCCAGCGCAUGCUUUCUGCUCACUACAGGGAGAUAUUCGGUGAGCCUGGUAGUCAGUUAGACCCGCCAGGUUCUUCUUCAGGUGCCGGCGGUUCAGGUUCUUCGGAUCAGGAGUCUGUUCCCGAGACUCAGCAUUUCUUCCCUCCGAUGCCUCCUCCGAUGGCUCAGCCGAUGCCUCAGCCGAUGGCUCAGCCGAUGGCUCCUCCGAUGGCUCCUCCGGUGCCUCCUCCGAUGGCUCCUCCUGAGAUCCCCGCCGCUGUUCAUUCCGAUCUCAUGGUGCCACCUACUGUUCCCUUCUCGCAGUACACUGUCGAGGAUAUUCUCGGUAUGCCAGGCAGAGCUGGUUUACCAAUCAUAGACCCCGACAGACCCGACGGGACUUUAUGGUUUGGGGUUGACAAUUCCCUUGCGACAGAUGUAACCGAGACGAUUAAAGGUUACUUCUCCAUGGCGCAUCCAAACUGGAAAUUGACGCCGAUCUACAUCCGAAAGACGUGGUUCAAGAUUUACGCUGUAAGUAAUUCUAUUAGUUAAAUUUUUUUUUUAUUAACUAAUUAUUAAUUUUUUUUUGCAGCAAAAGUAUCAUUGGUCCAUCGGGGUCAGUGAGAAAGUGAGGAAGGCGUUUUACGAGAAGGCGGAAGU